GCCAUGUGGACAAGGGAACGGCGGAGGGAGCGGUGGACGCGAUGCUGAUCCAUGGGCAGGAUGCCAUCACUGUGUCCAGCGCUGGGCGGAUCCUGCGCUCCUGGGAGACCAACAUCGGCGGCCUGAACUGGGAGACAUCCCUGGACACCGGCAGUUUCCAGGUGGCUGCUCUGGUUGGGCUGCAGGAUGCAGUGAAGUACGUGGCAGUGCUGAAGAAAGGAGCCAUCUCCCUGCACUACCUGUCCAAUGGGCACCAGAAGUGGGUGGAAUAUUUGCCAGAGAGUGACAGCACUCAGUACCAGCUGCUGUAUUCCCAUGGCACUGGAGUGAUCCAUGUGGUUGGAAUUGUCCCCCGGAGCCACCUGAGCAUCUUGACAUUCAGUGUAGAGGAUGGAGAAAUUACAAGACAGGUGACAGUGGCAGCCCCAUGGCUGCAGAGCCUGGAGGGGGUGUGUGCCAUGGUGGGAGAGGCUGUGCUGGUGUGCCUGGACAAGGACUCACACUCACUGCAUGUCUGCUCCUUGGAGGCAGACCAGGAGAUGAAGCAGAUCCCUCUGCAGUUCCUGGAGCUGGAGUUUGCAGAUGACUUCCAGGCCAGGAUCCUGGCCACUCAGCCCAGUGUGCUCAGUGCCUCAAGGACUCAGUUCUUCCUGCAGCUGUCUCCCACCCAGUUCUGCCUGCUGCAGUACAAGGAUGGGCUGCUCAGCCACCUCCGAGACUUCCAGCAGGCAGCUCUGGUGAGUUUUGCAACAACAGGAGAGAAGACAGUGGCUGCUGUCCUGACCUGCAGGAGUGAACUGAAACCUGGAAGUUCUGAUGGCCUUCCUGCUGGAGGUGCUGUGGAGGAUGCUCGGAGGCAGGAUUCCCUAACUUGUUCCAAUCAAACCUACAAUAUCAACCUGUACCUGGUUGAGACUGGCCAAAGGCUGUUGGAUACCACAAUUACCUUCACCCUGGAGCAGGGAGGUGCCAAGCCACAGCAGCUCUACAUCCAGGUGUUCCUGAAGAAGGAUGACUCUGUGGGCUAUCGAGCCUUGGUGCAAAUGGAAGACCACAUGCUCCUGUUCCUCCAGCAGCCAGGAAAAGUUGUGUGGAGUAGAGAGGAGUCACUAGCAGAGGUGGUGAGCUUGGAGAUGGUGGAUCUGCCUCUGACAGGGGCCCAGGCUGAGCUGGAGGGAGAGUUUGGAAAGAAAGCAGAUGGUUUGCUGGGGAUGUUUCUGAAGAGACUGUCCUCCCAGCUCAUCCUGCUGCAAGCCUGGACUGCUCACCUGUGGAAGAUGUUCUAUGAUGCCAGGAAGCCCAGGAGCCAGAUUAAGAAUGAGAUCAACAUUGACAACUUGGCCAGAGAUGAGUUCAACCUCCAGAAAAUGAUGGUGAUGGUCACUGCCUCAGGAAAGCUUUUUGGCAUUGAAAGCAGUUCUGGCACCAUCCUGUGGAAGCAAUAUCUGAGGAAUGUGAGACCAGGCUCCUCCUUCAAGCUGAUGGUGCAAAGAACAACAGCCCAUUUCCCACACCCCCCUCAGUGCACUCUGCUCGUGAAGGACAAGGAAACCAAAAUGAGCUUUCUGUAUGUCUUUAACCCCAUCUUUGGGAAGAAAAGCCAAGUUGCUCCCCCUGUUCUGAAACGUCCAAUCCUCCAGACUCUGCUCCUGCCUAUUAUGGAUCAAGACUAUGCCAAAGUCCUGCUCCUGAUUGAUGAUGAGUACAAGGUCAUACCUUUCCCAGCCACUAAAAAUGUCCUGCGCCAGUUAGAAGAAAUAGCUCAUUCCAUCUAUUUUUAUCUAGUUGAUGCUGAGCAGGGAAAACUCUCUGGAUUCAGGCUGAAAAAGGACCUGACCACAGAGGAGAGCUGGGAGGUGGUGAUCCCCACGGAGGUGCAGAGGAUAGUGUCUGUGAAGGGGAAGAGGUCCAACGAGCACGUGCACUCGCAGGGCCGCGUGAUGGGAGACCGCAGUGUCCUCUACAAGUCCCUGAAUCCCAACCUGCUGGCUGUGGUGACAGAGAGCACAGAUACACACCACGAGCGCACGUUCAUCGGGAUCUACCUGAUCGACGGGGUCACAGGCAGGAUCAUCCACUCCUCAGUGCAGAAGAAGGCCAAGGGACCUGUCCACAUCGUUCACUCAGAGAACUGGGUGGUGUACCAGUACUGGAACACGAAGGCUCGUCGGAAUGAGUUCACUGUGCUGGAGCUGUACGAGGGCACAGAGCAAUACAAUGCCACAGCCUUCAGCUCCCUCGACCGCCCCAUCCUGCCUCAGGUUCUCCAGCAAUCCUACAUCUUCCCUUCUGCCAUCAGUGCCAUGGAGGCCACCAUCACCGAGCGCGGCAUCACCAGCCGCCACCUGCUCGUUGGGCUUCCCUCUGGGGCAAUCCUGUCCCUUCCUAAGGCUCUGCUGGAUCCUCGGCGCCCAGAGAUCCCCACGGAACAGAGCAGAGAGGAGAACCUGAUUCCAUACUCCCCUGAUGUGCAGAUCCAUGCUGAAAGGUUCAUCAACUACAACCAGACCAUAUCCAGGAUGAGGGGGAUUUACACAGCUCCCUCUGGCCUUGAGUCCACGUGUUUGGUUGUUGCCUAUGGCCUGGACAUCUACCAGACCCGUGUGUACCCCUCGAAGCAGUUUGAUGUCCUCAAGGAUGACUAUGACUAUGUGCUGAUCAGCAGUGUCCUCUUUGGGCUGGUCUUUGCCACCAUGAUCACCAAUGGCUCAGGUUAACCGUGCCUGGCGCUAGGG